AGACGUUCGUCUACUCUGAUGAGAUAGAAAUCAUUUUUGGUAUUGAGCUACCGAGUAAGUGAAUUGAGAGUGCUUUAAGUUGACACUAAAAACGGUUGGUUCAUCAUUAUAACGAAAGUUACUAAAUCAAAUCUAUAUCACUUUAUCGUCACUUUAUUUGAAACACCAGAAUAACCGAAGCAACAAUGGCAUCCGUUUGGGACAACUUUUCCAAAUUGGCAGAGUUAUCACUUAACUUCAAAGACCUUAGCGGUACAACAGGUGGCAUUUAUGCGAAUGGAAGAAACCGAAUCGAAGUCCAGAUUGCAGUUAGGGUUCUGGGUUCGUUUACGGAAAAUGGAAAUACUGUAACCAAACCGAUCACACUCACCGAAAACGAUUUGAAAGACAAUAUUUAUUUCUGUGAUUAUCUAACUGGUGGGCCGCUUGACUCCAAGUGGACAGUUUGGGAUUCGGCUAAUGAAUAUACCAAAGGUUUUCGCACCCGCCAAAGUGUUUCGACCCAGCAAUCCAACAGUAUCACCAAGUCACUUGACACUGAGGCUGUACACGUUACCGUGAACGCAGUUGGAACUAAUCCAGAUGUGGGCUACAUUUCCAAAUAUUUUUCGUGUACAAAAGGUAAUAGCGAAAAGACAUUCGCUGUUGGAAUCAACAUUCCAGGUGUUGGUAAUUUUGAUACAUCUAAAAACGGAACAACAACAUGGAAUGGACCGGGCGGUGUGGGUAAGAGUAGAUUCAUAUCACCCGCCGCAUUGACCGUCACUGCUACACCAGAACUCGUUUACGCUGAAAAAAAUUUAAUCAUUGAGAAAGCUUAUCGAAGAAAUGAAACAAAAAAGCGUGCCGUCUUUAAGAGCUAUGCGUCUGGGUGGUAUGCUACGAAGGAAUUCGAAGCGUAUUAUGACAACUACUACAUUACUGUCGAGAACGGAAUACAGAGAAUAGACCUGCAUUCGUACGGUGGAGAACCGACAAAUAAGUGGAUCGCUGAGUUGACAAGCAAUCAUAACAAUCAGCAUAUGAUCGUGGUGCAUCCGUUUGGUACUGGCCAACAGACAAAUACGUUUGGCUUCUGGGGAACUGUCAAUAAUGGUUCAAUGAACUACAAUUUUGAAUUAGAACAAUAUGUUACUUUCAAUGAUCGACCUGGCGCCUUUUGCAUUUCUCAACUUACUUUCAUGUGCAACAGCAUAUGGGAUCUUCCGGACGGUGUUGGAAUCGGUGGUUGGACGUUCAAUAAUUGGUUUGAUCUGUAUGACACCUAUGGAAAUCAUGGCCGAUUCAAACCAGUAUAUGAUGACAGUCAUCAAUUUAUCGAAAUUCAUUUGGCUUAAUCUAUGGCACCGUCUUGACGAACGAAAAUGGACAAAUGACUCUCCACCAAUUUAUUUCUUACAAUUUCACUUUUAUAAUCGUUUUUUUCUUUAAGCUCGAAAUUUCUUAAAUUUUUUCAAAUUAAAAAACUAGAGCAUAACAAUUCUUUUUUCACAGUUCCGUUCUAUUUUAUAACUUUUUCUUUUCAGAUGAUUAAAUAUUAGUGUAAGUGCAUCUCCGAAAAUUUUGUUUGUAUACUGAAUAAAAUUCAAUCUGCAACCAAAAA